AUGAAGAGCUCAUUAAUGUCGCAACCGCCGCCGCAUCAACAAGGUCCGAGUGGAAGUGGCAUAAUAUUUCCUGGAUACAAGUACUUGGGACCUGGCAACGCAUUGGAUCGAGGAGUGCCGAUCAACGCAUUAGACGCGGCGGCGAAAAAACACGACGAAAAGUAUCACAAGAUUACUGAAUAUUACAAAAAAACUAAAAAUAGAAAAUAA